CGACUGGCUAAGCGAUGGGUACUAAAUUUAAACUUUUUGAUGACUGCUUCUGCCUUGCUGUUGCCUUCUACUUAGUAGCAACUUGAAAUAUUACUUCCUCUUUCGUAGUGGUCUUGGUCUCUGAUCGAGUUGUCAAGUCCUUCAUAGAAGAUGUGAAAGUACGUCGGCGUCCUACCCUCAGGCUCAAAUUGAUGGCAAUUAGGAUUCUUUGACAGACCUUUUUCUCAGUCGUGCUAACGCGCAGCUUGUCAAUCGGACUGAGCUUCCUUAAACCAAAAUAAACGACUCGCUUCACUUUCCCAGACGCCGAACGCUGGAGAUUCAGCACCAUCUUUUGCAGUCAAAACAUUAGACGUAGUAUCAAUUGUCAUAUAUUUUUUGCUGGUAGCGGUUACUGCGAAUCAAUUCCAAACCUAAUCCGUUCUAUCUUGUACUACACCUGCGCAGGUAUACCCGUUUCGCGGGAAUCGUAAGUUCGUUCUCAGCCGCUUUUAUGCUUUAUUACAUCUGGGGUGAUGGUGGAUUCGCAUGGUUCGCACAAAUACCGGCUAGUCUUUCGACAUUAGCGAAACUUCGCGGAGCUCUAAUGACCUUCGUUGACAACAUUGUAAUAUAUAUUUAUAACUAUUAA